AUGGCAUCUGAAGCAGCUGCCAGCACUGCCCCCGAGGGCCUGACCCCUGCGCAGAAGCUGAUGCAAGAACACGAUCACCAUGUCACCGUCGAGGAUGUCCCUGAUGAGGAGGACCUCAAUCACCCGCCGCCCUCCGCCAACUCGACUUCCGACGCUGCAGCUCCCCUCAGCGAGAAGGCGGCUGGAAAGCAAAAGGCCGACGAUACCCCUGCCUCUGCGAAGAAGCCCGGCCUCAACACCUCUUCUGAGGAGGCUUUCCCAGCUCUCGGUCCCGUCAAGCCCCGUGCUCAGGCGUCUGUUGCCCCUACAUGGGGUAAGAAGCCUGCUGUUGUCACUUCCAAUGGCGUCAACGGUAGUGCGGGUGCCAAUGGACCCUCUGCCUCUCCAGCGGUUGGUCGUGGCCCUGCCCUUCCCUCGAUGAACAUUCCUGGAAAGCACACGGAACGCAUCUCCUUCUCUCCCAAGCAGCUCACCCCUCGCCAGCAGCUCAAGAAGCCUGUCAAUGACAUUAUCCGUGACAUCAACAGGCGCUCCAAGGCCAAGGUCGAGUACAAGUCUGGUCCAGGUGGAAUGGUCAUCUUCGAGUCUACUGGCCCAACCGAUGCUGUGAGGCAGUCUCUCAAGGAGAUCGCUGAUGAGGUUGGAUCCAAGCAAUCUGUCGACGUCGCCGUUCCCGCCUCCGUCCGUGCUCACAUCAUCGGUCGUCAGGGUGCCAAGAUCCAGGAGAUUAGCAAGCGCACCGGUGCUCGCAUCCAGGUUCCCAAGGCAGAAGCUGGCGAAGAUGAUGAUACCGUUGUCAACGUACAUAUCGAGGGGAAUGCGCUUACCGCCGAGAUGGCUCGCCGUGAGAUCGAGGCAAUCGUCAACGAGCGUACCUCGACCGUCAAUUUGCGUCUCAAAGACAUUCCUGCCGAGUUCUAUCCCUUUCUGGCCGGACCUCAUAACUCUCACACCGACAAGUUGGUUCAGGGUCGUGACGUGAACCUUCAGAUCCCGCACUACCACACCUGGCGUUCGCAGGCUCCUCCUCAAGCUCAACGAGGCCAGCCAGUUCCUUUUGCUCCCCAGGCCAACUAUCCCAUCCAAGUCUCUGGUGAGCGAGUCGCCGCACAGCAGGUCCAAGCUGAGAUUGAACUCCGGGUUCAGCAGCUGCGCCAGCAAUUGGCUGUUGAUCAGCGAUCUAUUGAGAGGGGCCGUCAUCAGUUCAUCGUUGGUGAUCGAGGCAACUCGCUACACGACUUCUUGGAGGAGACUGGCUGUACGAUAGUCUUGCCCCCACCUGGAGACGACAGCGAGUCCGUCUAUGUCGUUGGACCUCCCGAUAGGAUCGAGCAGGGUAUCAACAAGCUGGAAGAUCUCGCGGCCAGCAUGACUAUGGCCACAGCUGAUGCUGCUCGCGAGCACAAGGGUCCCAACGCCCAGGAUCAUGCACACAACUUGACUCGUUACCUCCGUCAGCGCCAGGUCCUCAAGGAGCUAGAGGCUGCCCAUGAUGCAAGCAUUGUCGUACCUACUGACCGCGAUGGCCCAACUGGAUGGGAAAUCUAUGCCAAGAACGGAAAGGAUAGCAUGAAGGCUCGUAGCGAUGUCAUGAAUGUCUUCGCCAGCCACCCCCCGAGCCGAUUUGCCACGAUCAAUGUCGACCCAUUCUACCACCAAUUUCUUCGCGAACGGAACGCGCCAAAGGUCCGCCAGGAUCAUGGCGUGCACAUUGUGUUCCCAGAAGAGUCUGAGAACUCACCCCAGUUGGUCCUUGUCUAUGAGGACAGUAACAGCCCAUAUGAUCAGUACACGAUCCCACGCCAAAGGCCCUCUGCUGCAGAGAUCAAGGCAUACCAACAGGGACUCCAGGAUGCACAGAAGUAUAUUCUAGGUCUCACCAGCAACCAGCCAAAAAUUGAGUCCCGCGGUCUGGAGUCCAAUCCCAAAUUCCACCGCAAGAUUGAGCAGUUUGUCAACGACCAGCAACGCAGCUUGUCGAACGACCAGGUGCCUGUACAGGUUCUGUUUGGCCAGCGUCGGCCUGAGGCCCACAGUCGCUCCAACAACAGUUUCGCUAUUCGUGGACCUUCCAACGCAGUUGAAGAGUUCAACAAGAAGAUCUUGGCAUUCAUUGAGCAGGCCGAGAAGGAUGAGCUCGAGCGCAAUCACGUCACCACGUUCGACUUCCCCCAGAAGUAUGCCAGUCAUCUGGUUGGUAAGGGUGGCGAGAACAUUCAGCGUCUGCGCCAGAAGUACGACGUUGAUGUCCAGAUCAAUGACGGCAAGGUUGAGCUCAAGGGGCCAUCUGCCAAGGCCCAAAAAUGCAAGAAGGAUAUUCUCGACAUGGCCAAGAAGCUCGAGGACGAAACUACCCACAUCCUCAAGGUGAAGCCCCAAUACCACCGUGAUCUCAUUGGAGCCGGAGGCAAGCAGGUCGAGCGCCUCCAGGACCGUUAUGGUGUACGCAUCAACUUUCCCAGGCGCGUUCAGCACGAUGACGACGCCGGCUCCAACGCUCCUUCCCAGAGCAAGGCUCGCAGUCAGAACCAAGACGAGGUAAUUGUCCGUGGACCCAAGAAGGGCGCAGAUGAGGCUCGUGAGGAGGUGCUGCAGCUACUCCAAUACAUCAUGGACACUUCAUUCAGUGACACUGUCUCAGUCGCGCAAAGCCAGAUUCCACAAUUGAUCGGCUCCGGUGGGCGCGAGAUGGAGAAUCUCCGUCUGGAGACUGGCGCCCAAAUCGAUGUUCCUGGUGCUCGUGAGGGUGCUGAUCCCUCUGGACGUGCUGAGAUCAAGAUCAAGGGAACGAAGAAGCAGGUCGAGCAGGCUAAGAAGAUCCUGCAGGAGCGUGCGAAAGUGUUUGAUGACACUAUCGUGGAGACUCUUGAUGUCGACAGGAAGCACCACAGGACUCUUAUCGGUGGCAGUGGAGCAAACAUUCGUUCCGUCGUCACUGCUGCUGGAGGACCAGACAACUCGCGCGAUCUUGCACGCAUGGUGCGCUUCCCUCGUGCUGAGUCUGAUGAGUCAUCAAUCCGCAUUGAAGGACCCAAGAGCGUAGUUGAGAAGAUUGUUGCUGCCCUCAAGGCACAAGUCGCCUCGCUCGAGAACCAGACUACUGAGACCUUGGAGAUUUCCCCUGAUAAGCACCGUCUGCUUAUUGGCCGUGGUGGCGAGACUCGCCGCUCUCUAGAGUCGCAACUCAAGAUCCAGCUCGACAUUCCCAAGCAGACCACUACAGGUGCUGCACGCAGCCAGGUCAAGAUUACUGGUGAGCCCUCUGCAGUCGAGAAGGCCAAGGAGCACAUUCUCGAGCUCGUCAAGAGCCAAGAAGGCGAGACCAUUGAGGUUCCUCGUCAUCUCCACCACGCCAUCUCGGACAACGGCCAAUUCUUCCGUCAGCUUCGCAACCAGUACAAGGUCACCGUUGACCACGGUGGACACAAGAUUCCCGCCAAGCCUGCGCAGGCUGAGGCUGGAAAGGCGAGGAAGGGCGCCAAUGGUGCUCUUCCUCUGAUCACCGACGAUGCGACGACUGGAGCAGACGAGCACUCCUGGGAGAUCAUCGACAACAACACUGCCCCCGAAGAGGGUGCGGAUCAAUCCGCUACUAUUCCCUGGAUUCUACGCGGCUCACCCGAGAACCUUCCCAAGGCUCGUGAGGCACUUGAGAAGGCCAUUGCGGCAGCUUUGAAGCCUUCUUCUACCGGGUACUUGAUCCUGCCUGAUCCGCGCAGCUACCGACUUGUCGUCGGCUCCGGAGGCAGCACGAUCAACGAACUCCGCAAGAAGACGGGCACCAAGAUCCAAGUGCCGCGCGACCAAGCCCAGGGCGAGGCCAUUGAGAUUGUUGGAAGCCGCGAGGGAUGCGAGCAAGCGCGCCAGAUGAUCCUCGAGAUUGUGAACAAGGGCGGUAACGGUGGACGCAAGUAG